AUGCGUAGCUGUAAAAUAAGGGGGAAUAGCUUCAAAUGGGUUGAUAGGGGCUGUAGACGAUAUGCUACAUCUAAGCGGCCGUCUUCAUCACCGCCACCGCCGCCAAAACAGCAACGAGCAGCUCCAAAACCGCUCCCCUUUCAACCAGCCAAACCGAGGCCAAAACCAACGCCAGAAUCCAUACCUAAAACUGCGCCUAAACCUACGCCCUUUCCCUCUUCACCAUCUUCAUCCUCUAAGGGGCCUCAAGACAAGAAGAGGCCAGUCUCAGAACUACUGCGUGACUACUGGUUCCCUCUCUUCGGUGCCGGCGCCGGGGUGGUGUGCGUGAGUUUCUUCGCAUCGUCGCUAGUGUAUUACUGGUGGACACAGCCAGCCGAACAUUGGACACCCGGGCAAGAGCCCGAGGCGCCCACAGGCCGGCCAACGAUCCAAUCGCCCCGGGAGUUCGACCAGCAUCUCGAUAAGUCCGAGUGGCGUUUCGGCAUCACCAAGCUGCGGCGGCAGAUCGGCUCCGAGUUAGCCCACGGACACGUGCUCGAGGUUGCCGUCGGCGCCGGUCGCAACUUCGACUACUAUGAUUGGAGCAUAGUGACCGCCGGUCUAGAACCUACCGAGGAGAAGGAAAACUCAAGCUGGUUUGGCUGGUCCGGAAAAGGGGAGGGGAAGGAGAAACCUAAGGAUGUAAAGACGAAAGGGGCUCAACCCCAAAAUGAAAAUGCCCUACUCAGCUUUACCGGCCUAGAUAUAUCCCCGCCCAUGCUAGACCUCGCACUGGUGCGGAUACGGCAAGUGGUACCGUUCAUGGCGGACCAAAUCCCCAAGAAACCAGAAUUUUCCAGACUCGCCUCCAAGACGGCAGAUAAUAACGAAGAAGGCAUCUCUCUAGCCAACAACCAUCUCCGACUCCUCAAAGCCGAUGCGCAGACAUCCCUUCCACCUCCCCCACCAUCACCAUCAUCUUCUUCCUCCUCUCCCAAAAAAUACGACACCGUAAUCCAGACCUUCGGACUCUGCAGCGUACGGGAUCCCGUACUCCUUCUCUCCAACAUGGCCGCCGUCGUCAAGCCCGAGACCGGACGCAUCAUCCUCCUGGAGCACGGACGUAGCUGGUACGAGCUCGUAAACGGGCUUUUGGACCGCAGCGCGCGCAAGCAUUUCGAGCGGUUCGGGUGCUGGUGGAACCGGGACGUGGAGCUCGUCGUGCGUGCCGCGGAGCGCUCCGUCCCGGGUCUUGAGGUCGUGCGCUUUGAGCGUCCCGGUUGGACCACACUUGGCACCCAUAUCCUCGUUGAGAUGCACGUGCGCGCGACCCCUGCGUCGGCUCCUGCUGCUGCUGCUACCCUUAGCAGCGACGAGGAGGCGCAGGACUCGACGACGAUGACAGGCACGGGUUGGUGGUCAUCGCUACUAUCUGUUAAUAGCAAGCCUAAGAAGGAUGAUUAA